AUGUCGACCAAGCGAAAACAACCGAACAAGAUCGCCCAGCCCGUCGCGAAGCGGAGUGCGAAGCAUCCUCUGAAAACCAACGUCAACGAGUCUGAGACAGCAGUCUCGGUCCCCGAGCUUCCAAAAGCCCAAGACGGUGGCCCGAAGGAGCAAGUGAUAGAAAUAUCCAGCGAUUCAGCUAGCAGCGAGUACGAUUCUUCAGACGAGGAGCAGGAUGCCACCGCGGGGCAACAGAGUGGAAACCCGACCCAGAGUGAAGCGAAGACUGCACUGCCGACACCACAAGAUGGUGAUGGCGACGGCGACGUUGAUAUGGUAGAGGCGAACGCUCACCAUGACACGGAAUCUGACCAAGAGCCCACGCAACCUACGCUGGGCGAGCUUGCCCGCGCGCACGAACCGAUAGACGUGCCCUCGGCGAUAACAGCACAGUCCAGUUCUCUCACCACCCAAGGGCGUUCUUUGGCCCCUCCCAGUCUUGCGUCCUUGGGCACAGUACUCACACAAGCCCUUCGCACCGAUGAUACCGAUCUUCUCGAGUCUUGUCUGCACACUACCGAUCUUCAAACGAUCCGCAACACUAUCCAGAGACUCGAUUCCACACUCGCCAGCACGCUACUCACCAAGCUUGCUGCUCGAAUGCACAGACGCCCCGGGCGAGCAGGCAACUUGAUGACAUGGGUGCAGUGGACGCUUAUAUCGCAUGGAGGCGCAUUAGCGACACAGCCCAGUCUAGUCAAGCGGUUGAGCGAACUGCACCGUGUCCUCGAUGAACGGUCAAGGGGUCUCGCCUCUCUGCUGGCCCUGAAGGGCAAGCUAGACCUCCUAGAAGCACAGAUGCAGCUACGACGAAGCAUGCAACAGCACAACGACCCCGACUCAGAGGAAGAGGAGGAAGGGGUGAUUUACGUGGAGGGGGAGGACAGCGACGCGGAAAUUACUAAUGGGCUCCUGGAGGUUGAUGAUGACGAGUUCCCCGUCACCAAUGGCAUCGUCGAGGAGGACUCGGAAGACGACGAGGAAGCAAGCGACGGCUCGGAUGACGAAGAGGAGCUCGAGGGUGAAGAAGAAUUGGAUGAGAACGAUGUCAAUCACGACGAUGUGGAAUCCGAAGACGAAGACAGCGAGGUAGAGGCAGUUCACCAGCCGCCUACCAAGAGAACGAGGAACUCCAAACGGAGAUGA